GCUGCCUCCUCUCCUGAACUCCACGUCCACAUUAAUGAGAUUAACCCGCCUUCCUCUCAGAGGCUGUGGCACGUUUGCCAGAUGAUUUAAGAUCCCUCUCAAGGCUCCACUGGAUAGAAACAUGUCGAGGAUGAAUAGUGAUCAGCUACAUUCCUCCACCUUGGGGAUUUACUCGCACCUGACGGAUGAGUUCAACCCAGGCCUGCAGAAAUUGGUUUCACUGGGAAAAAGCUACACCCGAGCUUUCAAGGCUCUGGCGGAAACAAGCGAGGCCUACUUCAGAGCGCUGUCAAAGAUCGGAGAGAAGGCUUUCAAAACCGCGUCCUCACGCUCCCUCGGAGAUGUCCUGCUUCAGAUCUCUGAGAGCCAAAGAAGAAUCACGUUGGAGCUGGAUGGAGUCUUCCGCUGGUUCAGUGUGGAGGUUCUGCAGGAGAUGGACAACAACGUUAGACUGGACCAAGAUUACAUCUCAGACAGCAGGAAUCAUUACGAGAUGGAAGUCCACAACCUGAGGAGAGGAAACUACAGGGAUUGUUCAGAGUACAUGCAGUUCCUCAGGGAUAGCCACGAAGAGGCUCUGAAGGAGGAAGAGAGGAGAUACCGCUUCCUGGCUGAGAAACACUGUGGAAUGAUACAGUCCAUCGCCCAGUUCGUGAAUAAGAUAGGUCGGUCUCUCCAGCAGAGAGCUGAUAUCUGGACAGAAGAGGUGAACGCCACCAGACAACCUGAAGCCAGACGUCCCGCUGCUGUGGAGAACACUGUGAGGCAGGAGGAGGUCAGAAGGAGCAGAGAGGAGCAGCCCCUCGGAAAAAUACCAUCAAGGGCCCCGUCUCCCCAGGGAAGCAUUUAUCGCUCUGCGGCAGACUCGGUGGGAGGUGGUGCCGCUGGAGAAAGAUCUACAAGGGCCCUGGUUUCCCACCAACCUGCUGGCGCCCACCACACCUUGCUGCCCUUCACCAGGGGAGAGAUAAUCACUGUGAUGGUCCAGCAGUCGAGGAACGGCUGGUUGUACGGACGAUCUGACAGCAGCUCACGUCAGGGAUGGUUUCCAGCCUCAUUUGUGGAACCGGUGGAUGAUCCUCCCAAGUCGACCAGCUCCAGAAACUCAACCCUCCGAGGCAGCAGCAGCAGCAGCAGCCUGUACGACCAAUGGGGGAGCAGCAGCCAGAGCGGAGCCGCGCCCCCUCCCGCUCCGCCGCCACCGCCGCCAUUGUCACUGUCCUCGAAUAGACACUCUGACAUGCAACCGAUCACUCCAACAAUGCCCACUCCCAACAGGCAGGAUGAGUCAAACAACAGGAGAUCACAACCACACGCUUCACAGCCCGAGCUCUUCCCGAGGGGAACCAAUCCAUUUGCGACAGUGAAGCUGAGGCCCACCACCACCAACGACAAAUCGAGUCCACGGCUUGAACGCAGAUGACAUCUUAAUCCUCAAAACUUAACUCCGUUCACUCCUUGGGUGUACAUACGGUAAAAAAACUGAGCAAUUGGACCUUUAGUACUUGUAUGUAAAGUCCAACUACACACACGUACACACAAAAACAGAGAAAAAUGCUUGAAUAACAAUUUAGGGCUUUUCUUGGAUUAGGUUGACAUUUACUUAGAUCUUUGUAAACCAACAUUAUAAGAAGCACAUUUUCUGGUCUGGUUUGUAAAAUAAAAAGUGAACUAAUUUGUUUAUUGAUCUAAUCUGGUACUGAAUCUCCAUUACUCCUAAGUCAUCGUUUUUCAAAUGAAGCUAUAACAUGGGAAUGAUUUGGAUAUCGGCCAUUUGACAAUUUACAAUUAAACUCAGUGAUAUGUUCAGUUGAUGUUUGGAAUCAGUGCUAAUAACUUGUUUAUGUGCAGCGUGAGACGUGUUUUUCUGUAUGUGAGAUGUGCAGUUUAUUGGUCAGCACUGGAUAAUUUAUGCCAUGAAAGAUAUGAAAAGGUUUUAAUGAUCUUUUCUAUGUUUUAUAUUUUUGUAAUGUUCCUAUCAUUUAUUCCUACAUCGUCCACAUGUGAAUUAGGCUGAUUGCUAAAUAUUAAUUGCAUAACAAAUGUACUCUGUAGAAAAUGAUAAUGUAACCUGUGGCAGUAAAAAUAUGUCUGAGGCAGAGAUGUAAUGAAAAAUGCAACAAAGUCAUAGAUUAUGUAACAUCACAUUUAUAGCAUCAUAUAAUUACUUUAGCUAAUCUGUUAAAUCUGCGG